UUUCUACUCAGUGGUCAGCAUACAGUACGAUGUCUGCUUUGAGCGCGCAGACAUACGAGCAAGUUCAAGCGCAUGGCCCGAAGUAUCGCUAAACGAGUUGCAGGGCUAGUGUCACAAAAUACAUGUUGGUCGAUUUGUUUGAGGAUAAUCCAACCAAGAUCUAGCGACCGUGCCGACUUUGCUGCUGUCCAGCCAUCAACCACAGCACGUAUGGCGAUGUCGAUGUCAGCUGGCAGUGAAAUCUGGGUUUCCUGGCGCAAUGCCUCGACGGCUUUCUCGAGAGCGUUGUUCACUGAUUUCCACGUUGGCAGCUUCACUGGAAAUCCCUGGGCAGGGCGAAGGUGCUCCGGAAAAUCGAAUCGCUGAGGGCUUGUGCUUCCAAACGAUCUUUGGGAAGAGGGUGCAGCUGGAUGUGAUGUUGGAUCAUGCAGUGUGUCUCCACUGGUGACGCUGCGCGGUUGUGGAAACACCUUCCCAUCAUCAUUCUCGCUUCCCGCAUCAGGCUGUGGACCUGGCGACAGCGAGAGGUUUUCGCCAACAAGUUUUCGAACAGCCUCAAGGGUACUUUUCAGCUUCCUAGUCUCCUCUUGCUGCUGCUCCAGCAUCAUCAUCACAUUCUGGAGUCGUUCGUCACCCUGACUCGUCUGAAGCGAGUCAACUAGACGCUCUAGCUCCUUGAUGCGUGCCUUUGUCUUUGCGCGCGCAUUACGUUGAGCGGCUCUGUCGAUACUGCGCCUCCGCUCAAUUUGCUCCUCAGUCAAGGCAUUUCUUUUUGGCAUGAUGAGCUUGCCGCGCGGCUCGUGGACAGGUAGCUGUGUCAGUUGAGGUUGUAGGCGUGUAAGUGCGGGCUUGAAACGCGGGGAUGCAUUUACACAGUGGAUCGUCGACAGGGGAAGAGGCCGCACCGCCUGCACUGGAAAGGUCGCGGAUGGAGGAAGCGAACUCGUCUCCAACGCGGGCGACUCUGGCUUGUCCUAUACUACCAACCAGCCGAGGCAGCGCAAUCCCAGCAUCCGAUGCCCUAACCAGCCAACGACCCCGACCGGAGCGCAGCGCCAACUACGCAGCCACUGUCAACCUCGCUGAAUCAUCUGCUCUGCAGAGGGAAGUCAGCAAGGUUGCCGUGUUUCUGCUCAGUCAGAAGAGCUGAUCUGGUCCCGGCAUGUGCAUGGCCACUCGACAGUACAUAAAGUGAAGUAGAAAUUGUGCGAAAACAAAAAUCUGGCCGAUGAUAGACUUCAGUCGUUUGAAUCUCCGUCAUGGAUGUCGUGGGCUAUUUUCAGAGCGCUCCUCGGUUGUGGAUCGCCUCUCUUCUGGUUGCGUACUUGAUCGCUGUCCGUGUGCUUCGGUACCAACGCAUUAAUAGACUGGAACGGAAAUAUGCGAAAUAUGUCGAGAAACCUUAUUCCAUGGACUAUCGGACCGCCCACGAGAUUGCCAAAUUACACAUGCUCGAUGAGCAAGUGUUUCUCAGUCUCCUGUCAACGCAGUGGGCCCUCAUUAAGACCUACAGCAUCGCACGCGGAACUAGAUUACUAGUGAAAACUAGGCAGAUCGGAAGCCUCAAGUGUGUUGGACGGCGCGCCGAAGACACUGGAGUUUUCCUCGCUGAGCUUAUUGCUGGCGACAUGGAUGAAAUUAGAUGGAUGGAAGCCCUGUCAAAAGUUAACUGGCUUCAUAGUCGAUACAAGAACCAGAUCUCGAAGGGAGAAAUGCUUUCUACGCUUGCAUUCUUCAUUAUAGAGCCCAUAAAGUUUAUCAAUGCAUACGGCUGGCGGCCUCUGACCAAGAUGGAAGAGGUGUCCAGGUUUGUCUUCUGGAAGGAGAUCGGCCUUAGAAUGGGCAUGGAUAAUAUUCCCGAUACUUUGGAAGAGCUCGUCAAGUGGAAGGAGGAAUAUGAACAGAAAGAACAGAAGUUCUCGCCAGAUAACGUCAUCUGUACGAAAAAUACCAUGGAUCUCUUUCUAAGAAAUUUGCCGAAACCACUGCACGGAUUUAUGCUUGGAUUUGCCCAGUCGCUGAUGGAGCCGAGAUGUAGAAGAGCUUUAGGCUGGCCAGAUCCACCUGCUUGGAUUGAGUGGUUGGUACACAACGGACUGUGGUUUCGCGGCGUGCUAAUUAGACACUUCUUCCUUCCUCGUUUCACUUCUCCCCCUAAGUUGCCGGAGAAGGAUGCAGAAGGCCGUAUGUACCGAACUGUGUACGCUUUCGAGCCCUGGUAUAUGAAAACCGAUCCCUGGACACGUUUUAAGGUUUGGCUGGGGUCAGGAGGGAGGCUUCACGCAGGUGGCGAAUGGGGAAGUAAAGGCUUUACUUACGACGAAGUUGGUCCGCCAGAGCUGGCCAAGGCAUCUAAGAAGUCUACAUUAGCCCAAGCGGAGGCAAUGAUGGAGUACUCUAGGAAUGGUGUCUCUGGGUGUCCAUUCACCAAUGGCGGGGAGUUAGUGUGGGCCAACGAUUAGCUCUCAGCCAAGGUAAUCGACCGCGCUUCGUCUUGGAGCCUUUGAAAGAGCAGGAAAUGAAAGUUCAGAUUCGUUACACUAGACGCCCUUUCAGAGUAACUGGUUUACUCUGAAUCUUCUCACCUUGGCCGCGUAAGAAAGAUUGCACCACGGAUAGAAUGCAUACAUAAGCGAUCUUGACCCGUAAAAGGACGAAUGGCAUAGAUCUCAAAAUAAUAGCAAGUUUUGGACGAAAAGGAAUAUUUAAAGCUAUGAGGUUGUUAGUAUGACUAUGAAAGACAUAAAUUAAGAC